AGUGUGACUCGGCGUGAUCACUCAGUGGAGGACGGGCACAGGGGGAGAAAAACGAGUUUAUUAAAACCUAUAAUAUCAUGGUGACCAUAACAACAGACGCGUACAAACUAGUGAGUUAUGUUCUGUUUGUGCUUGUGCUGCUCGAUCUUCGAUACGAAGGAGUGCUAUGCAGCAGUGAGAACAGUAUAGAGAAGCACCUAGAGAUGGGGAAGAAGCUCCUGGCUGCUGGACAGCUGGCUGAUGCGCUUUCCCAUUUCCAUGCAGCUGUUGAUGGUGACCCAAAAAACUACAUGGCCUACUACAGAAGAGCCACAGUCUACCUGGCCACGGGGAAGUCGAAAUCCGCUUUGCCGGAUCUGAGCAAAGUCAUCGAACUCAAACCUGAUUUCACAUCGGCACGACUUCAGAGAGGGAACCUACUACUGAAACAGGGAAAGCUUGAUGAAGCUGAGAGUGAUUUCAAAAGAGUGCUGAAAUCAAACCCCAGCAGUAGAGAUGAGAAGGAAGCUCAGAGCCAGCUGAAAAAAUCAGAUGAAAUCCAGAGAUUGGUGACUGAGGCUCAGAGCAGUUUCAAGCGCAAAGACUACAGCUCAGCGGCUACACUGCUGGACACGGUUAUUGAAACAUGUGUGUGGGACGUUUACUCCAGAGAGCUUCGAGCUGAGUGUUUCAUUCAGUUGGGUGAGAUGGGCAAAGCCAUCAGUGACCUUAAAGCAGUAUCCAAACUGAAGAACGACAACACGCAGGCUUUUUACCAGCUCAGUACCAUCUAUUACAACCUGGGAGAUCAUGAGAUGUCCCUCAAUGAAGUGCGAGAGUGUUUGAAGCUGGAUCCUGACCACAAGCAGUGCUUUAGCCACUAUAAGCAGGUGAAGAAGCUCAACAAGCAGAUCAUAUCAGCUGAGGAGCUGAUCCAGCAGCAGAGGUACGGAGAUGCAGUAAGUAAGUAUGAGUCGGUUAUGAAGACGGAGCCGAACGUGCCACAGUACACUACUCAUGCAAAGGAGCGCAUGUGUCACUGUCUUUCUAAGGAUCAGCAAGGUGCUAAAGCGGUCCCAGUGUGCAGUGAAGUUCUGAGCUCAGACCCACAAAAUGUGAACGCUCUAAAAGACAGGGCGGAGGCCUACCUCCAAGAUGAACAGUAUGAAAAUGCCAUUAAGGACUUUGAAAGUGCAAAGGAGUUCAGCGAGAAUGAUCAUCAGAUAAAGGAGGGACUGGAGAGAGCACAACGCCUCCUCAAGCAGUCCCAGAAGAAAGACUACUACAAGAUCCUGGGGGUCAAGAGGACAGCCCAGAAGAAGGAGAUCAUUAAAGCAUACAGGAAGUUGGCACAGCAGUGGCACCCAGACAACUUCCAGGAUCCUGAAGAGAAGAAAAAGGCAGAGAAGAAGUUCAUAGACAUCGCACAGGCCAAGGAAGUGCUCACUGAUCCAGAAAUGAGGAGUUCGUUUGACCAGGGUGAAGACCCACUGGACCCUGAGAGCAAGCAGGGAGGAGGCCAUCACCACUUCCAUGGGGCUUGGGAGAGCUUCCAAGGCUUUAACCCUUUUGGAUCCGGACCAUUCAGCUUUAAAUUCAAUUUUAACUGAGAUCAAACAUGAGAGGCACUUGGAUCAGACAAAACGCAGAGAGAACUGCAACCUGCUAAGAUGAAUUAACACUAACUGCUAUAGACGUGGCGUGUGGGUGAAAUAUUCUCGGGACUUGCUAAGUAGUACUAUAUAAAGUGAUUUCCCCCCUCCCCCAGGGAACUUCAGAGUGUAGGGAUUUAUUCCCAAGCAACCAUCCUAAAACUGUGUGUGUGUGUGUGUGUAGAGGAGACUGAACUAUUUUUCUAUAAAUUAAAUAAUUCUGCAUUGUAAAUACAGGAAUAAAGAAGUCUGUCACGUGCACACUCAAGUACAGUGAAAUUCGUCCUCUGCAUUUAACCCAUCUGAAGCAG